CACCUCCAAUCUCUUCAGUUCAGCCAUAAGCAGAAUCAAUGCUGCAAGUCAAUGCAAUGCAAUAACUUUGCAGACCCGAUACACUCUGGAUACAUUUCAUCAGUUGUUCAAUUGAGCUAUUUUCACACUCCAAAGUCUAAUCAUAACCGAAGUCGCCUCUUACCGACUGAACUUCCUGGUUGCGACUUACAGGGUCCUCCUCCUCUACCCCGCCAAAACUACUGCAACCCAACCAGCCUCUCCCACUGUAACCCCGGCCUCAUGCUCAAAAAAGCUUCCAGAAAAUCUUGGUCCGAGAUCUGACGCAUGUCACGUCAAGUCAAGUCACAAGCCACCAACAGAAUGCCCCUGACACUGACAGUUCUUGACUCAACUACAAGGAACCUUUGGCCUUAAACCUUGUGGGCCUACGAAUAUGGUACCCUCCAUCUUCUUCGGUCUUCGGAGUCGUAUUGCUGAAAACUAUGCUACGCCGCUGACUUGCAUCAAGCAGGGAGGUUAAUCCUGAUGACGAAUGCGCAACACCAUAUGCCCUUCCCUAUGAUCUUCGAUCUUGUUACAUUGAGACAAUACGACAAUUCCUUAAUCAAUUGAAUCUCACGGGUUGCCCGUCCAGUCUCUCCACUACAGCGCCUUGACCAUGCCCGUUAUAACCGUUCAACGGCCAGUGUCGUACCUGAAGCUAAGCCAAGGCCCCUGGCCCGUCCUCAUAUUCAGAAUCUGAGGUUGUACGGGGAUACCGAUAUCGCUUCGAGUCUCACCGUGCCAACUAAGAGUGAGGCAUGCAGGACAUCGUCUGGUUUAGCUCGUUAGCGCACCCUUUCAACAUGAAACAUAAGCUCAUGGCUCUACGUGGAGUUAAAAAUUCUUCUCGUCGUUAGCUAGAAACGCCUUCAGCAUGCACGGUCUACGUGUAUCCUUCAACUUGAGUCGAGUGGGCCCGCAUCGCCAGCCUCAUCUACAGCCAUCAUCCUGGUUCAUCGCCCAAUCUGUCACCAUCGCUGAGAUCUUCAGCCGUUCGCGCUACGUCAUUAUCGUUUUCACUUAACUACCGGCCUCCCUCGCGCCACGUCGGCUCGCUCCUCUUCAGGGUCCUCCCAUGAAACUGGUCCCUUCACUGACUCUCACAAGAUCCAAGCUUUUGGGUCUUCCUCUUUGCUUCUUCUCGUGUAACUCAGGGCUUCCAUGUUGCCCAUCUCAACUUGCGCAGCUUCUAUUCGUUCUGAUGCACGCUGACGCCUCGGCUUUCUUUAGAGCUCAACUUACAUACCCACCAUCAAAGCCUUCCUCAAGAUGUCAUUUGCAAGGAUAGUCUCAAGAAUCAGGGCCGAGUCGGGGUGACGGGUCGCUUGGUGAACCCUUGAGGACCCUGACUUCAGCCUCACGAGAUGAUCCUUUUCUUAGCAUAAAUAUCGACUCUUGUCAACUGUUUCUGUCAGCUAUCAAUCUACAAUAAUCUCAAUCAUCUUAACUACUUAUCUCUCAACUGCUUAUCUAUCGAAGUGAAAGACAAGAGCUCAUCCUGGGUUUUCAACUGAUUCCGUUCGAUGUCUCUUGAUCCUUUGCCUACUAUUGAAACGACCCUCACUUCUUCUUCUCCAUCCGACAUGUCCUCUUCCAUACAAAGCCGAUCUGCUCGCAGCACACCUGCUAUCAACGCAUCCGCCUUUAAUCCUCCUGAAGCCAAUGGCUCCUCUAAUGAAAGAGUUCCUUUCAUGCGAGACAACUCUCCCGAAGCCGAUAGCCUACCGUCCAACCCAGCUCUUACUCCAGUCAUCACCCAUGGAGACAACCCUUCAGCCAGCAACAGAAACUCCGAGGCCGAUACAGUAGUCCCCCUCCAACCUGUUAUCAGUCAAGAUCCCAGUCGAGUCCGCCCUGGCUCUCGCACCGGUAACUUUGUCACUCCCAAGACGGCUCGCUUCUCUCAGGAUGGCGGAGAGCCUCUUCAGUACUCUGGAGGUUCCAUGAAAUCGUCUCGACGACGCUAUCGUGGUGAAGACUACGACUUUGACCAGGCUGCCGACUAUCCCACAGUGAGUGACUAUGAGCGAUACUGGCGCAAUGAAGGUCGCAAUGAUCGCUACACUGCUCGAAGAGGCCCUUACCCACCUCCCACAUUCAUGAACCGCCGUCGAGCACACCCUCAUGAUUCAGACGAAGAGUUCUAUAGCAGUGACGACCCUCGCAUGCCUCCCACUGGCGGACGCAGAAUGAUGGAUGAGGAAAUGGGAUACCCCCAUCGACCUUUCCAUCACCGACGUGCUUCUACCCUCAACGGCUUCAAUAUCUCUACAGGCAAGCUUGAGUGGAGUAACCUCAGUCCUAAGGAGAAAUCAGAGAUCAUGCGUCUUCCUUUGACUCAAUGGAUGAACUCAAAUUUCAAGAACCACUUUGUCGCCAGUCUUGGUGAGCUUAUCGGCACUACCAUGUUCCUCUUCUUCGCCUUUGCCGGCACAGAAGUUGCCAACAUUCAAGCACAAACCGACAGCAAGACUACCACAGGAGAGUCUACUGGUAGUCUCAACGUUUCCAAGCUCCUCUACAUCUCCAUCAUCUUCGGUUUCUCGCUCAUGGUAAAUGUCUGGGUCUUCUUCCGUAUCAGCGGCGGUCUCUUUAACCCUGCCGUCACUAUCGCCAUGUUGAUGGUCAAGGCUAUUAGCAUGACAAGAGCUAUCUGCCUGUUCCUCUCUCAGAUUCUUGGGUCAAUGCUUGCCUCCGUUAUGGUACGGUACUUGUUUCCUGAGACAUUCAACGUCCGAACUACUCUAGGAGGUGGUGCAUCUCUGGUUCAGGGUGUGUUCAUUGAGGCUCUUCUUACUGCUGAGUUGGUCUUCACCAUCUUCAUGCUUGCCAAAGAGAAGCACCGAGCCACAUUUAUUGCUCCCGUCGGUAUCGGCCUGGCCCUUUUCAUUGCAGAGAUGGUCGGUGUCCAGUUCACUGGCGGGUCGCUCAACCCUGCCCGAAGUUUUGGCCCUUGUGUCAUCACCGGUACCUUCGACUCUGAGCACUGGAUCUACUGGGUUGGUCCUGGCAUUGGCUCUCUCAUCGCUGUCUGCUUUUACUGGUUCAUCAAGACUCUUGAGUACGAGAUGGCCAACCCUGGCGCCGAUGGUGAUGAUCUCAACGAUCCUACUAAAAACCCUGAAAAGCGAGCUGAAAUCCAGUCUAACGCUGCCCCUUCAAUUGCCUUUGGCGGUGGCAAGACCCCUUCAAUUCGCAGCUGAAUGACGAGGCCAUGAAAACAUGACUCUUAUGAGUGAGGGCGAGAUGGAUACGGUCCAUCAACGAUUACACGAUGAAAGUUGAUGAGCAAACUCAAUGAUGCUUCAUGAGAUCAAAUGCAUGAUAAAUAUACACGAAAUGCGAACACGCCAGAGAUGGAUAGAAAAUUGGAAUUUGCUAUUUGUUUAUACGGAUGUUGUGCCUUAAUGGUUGGAGUUCGGUUUGGCGAUUCGUUAAUUUUGUAUUGCCCGGCACAUUUGGUGCUUCGAGGCUGAUUCCUCCAGAUGAAGGAGUGUAUAUAUAGAGCUUUUGGGUAGAAAGAAUUGGCACAGGUCUCCGACUGGAACCCCUUUACACAC